CCGUGCCGUGCUGUACCGGGUCGUACCGUACCGGGCCGAGCCGGGCCGGGCGGGCUGUGCUGCCCUCCCUCGGUACCGGAGCGGCGAGACCGGGCCGAGUGAAACCGAUCCGAGCUGAUUGGAGCCGAACCGAGUCGGGCCGAGCGAAACCGAACCGAGCCGCUUGGUUUCCUUUGGCGCUUCCCUCUCCUCCCGCAGCCACCGGGGUCACCUCCGUGCCUGGUGGGCUCCCAGGUCCCAGCACCCCCUCCCACCCCACCAGCCCCCCCGUGCACCCACCCACCAUGGCGUCCCGCAUCGGUCUGAGGAUGGAGCUGAUGAAGCAGCAGGCACAGCAGGAGGCUGAGAGGGAGCGUGUACAGCAGCAGAUGAUGAUGAACUACAUGCAGCAGCAACGGAUGCCAGUGGCCUCCAGCCCAGCCAUCAACACCCCCGUCCACUACCAGUCCCCACCACCCGUGCCUGGAGAGGUCCUCAAGGUCCAAUCCUACUUGGAGAACCCCACCACCUACCACCUGCAGAAGUCACGGGAUAAAAAAGUUCAGGCUUAUCUCUCAGAAACUUAUGGGAACAAAUUUGCUGCCCACGUCAGCCCUGCCAGCCACUCACCCAAACCCCCCCCAGCUGCCUCCCCCGGGGUCCGACCCGGGCACGUUGUGUCCUCCUCAGCAGGGAACAGUGCUCCCAACAGCCCCAUGGCCAUGCUCAACAUUGGCUCCAACCCUGAGAGGGAGUUCGAUGAGGUCAUCGAUGACAUCAUGCGCCUGGAUGAUGUUUUGGGCUAUAUGAACCCUGAAGUCCAGAUGCCCAACACACUGCCCAUGUCCAGCAGUCACAUGAAUGUCUAUAGUGGGGACCCCCAGGUGACAGCCUCCCUCGUUGGUGUCACCAGCAGCUCCUGCCCCGCCGACCUCACCCAGAAGAGAGAGCUGACAGAUGCUGAGAGCCGAGCCCUGGCCAAGGAGCGCCAGAAGAAGGACAAUCACAACCUGAUUGAGAGGAGGCGAAGGUUCAACAUCAACGACCGCAUCAAAGAGCUGGGGAUGCUGAUCCCCAAGGCCAACGACCUAGACGUGCGUUGGAACAAAGGGACGAUCCUGAAGGCAUCUGUGGACUACAUCAAGAGGAUGCAGAAGGACUUGCAGAGGUCACGGGACCUGGAGAACCACUCCAGGCGUCUGGAGAUGACAAAUAAACAGCUGCUGCUCCGUAUCCAGGAGCUGGAGAUGCAGGCACGUGUCCACGGGCUGCCCACCUCCUCCCCCUCUGGUGUCAACGUGGCCGAGCUGGCUCAGCAGGUGGUCAAGCAAGAAGCCAUCGGGGACGAGGGGACACUGGAGCCACUGCUGCCACCCCCAGACCCCGAGUCACAGCCGGUGCUGCCACCACCCCCCCAAUCUCCUUACCACCAACUGGACUUCAGCCACAGCCUCAGCUUCGACGAUGGCUCCCGGGGUUUCCCGGAUAGCCUGGAGCCUGGGCACAGCUCCUCCUUCCCAUCGUUAUCCAAGAAGGAGCUGGACUUGAUGCUGAUGCAGGACACCAUGCUGCCCCUGGCCUCUGACCCCUUGUUCUCAGCCAUGUCCCCAGAGGCCUCCAAGGCCAGCAGUCGGAGGAGCAGCUUCAGCAUUGAGGAUGCAGACAUGCUGUGACCAGGAGCUGCUCCAAGGCUUUUUGUUUUUGUUUUUUUGUUUUUUUGGGGUAGGGGGAGAGGAUUGGACCUUCAGGUUUGGUCAGUGAAGUUUCAGGACGACUCCUCCUGCAGGAGGAGCUGGUUCUGCCAAGCACUUGAGUCGAUGGAGGAGACCUUUUCUCUAUGCAAUGAGGGGGCUCAAGGCUCAGCCAGGUGCCACCGUGUCUUUUUUGCAAGCUUUCUUUUGGCCAGGAGUUGGAGAGGACCUUCUUGGCUUGCUGUUGUGUUGGCCUGACUGCAGAUUCCCCAGCCCCAGGGGGUGUGAUUUUAUUUUAUUUUAAUUUUUUUUUUUGGGGGGGGGCUGCUUUGCCUUUCAGCAAAACCCCUCCUGGAUCAAACUCCUUCCCUGGGGUGAUGGUUUGGUGGUUGAGCCCCUGGGAGGAGAGGGAUGAUGCUCAGAGCUUUUUUGUCUUAGCUUGCUGCCUUCUUGCCCGUGUUCCCCAGGAAUCUUCCUCAGAGAUGGGCUCCAAACCUCAUGGAUGCUUCACAGUGCCAAGUUCUUCAUGGUUCCUCCUUCCUCAGUGCAGAGCUGAUAACUGGAGCCAAAAUAAUCCACGGGGCAUGAGUGGUGGUGUCUGAGGCUUCAAGAUUUGGGUCAAUGUUGAAAGCUUCCAAAACAGCUGGGAUGGAGGGGUUGAUGCUCAGUCAGCUCCUGGCUGUGCCCCCCACCUUGCUGGGGGAUUUGCCCUCAGAGGUUUGGCAGCAUCCCACCAUCCCAAAACCUCUGUGGCCUCUGGACCAGGGCUGCAUGGUGCUGGGCAACCUUCAGCCACCACUGAGCCAUCCCUGCAGAGGUGUCUCUACCCAUGACACCAAGUCCUGGCUCUUUGGGUGGAAGGAUGAAGGGUUUUUACACUUUUUUUUUUUUUUUUUUAAGGGAGGAUUCUUGUUGCCAAGUGGAUGUCCUGCCCCACAUCUGGGGCCAGGGACCAGCAGAUGGUUCGUACCCCUUGCCAAAAGCCACCACUCUCUGCCUUUGUCUUGGGGGAUUUCUCUUCCCAGUGUCAACCAGCUCGUUCCCCAGUGGGACAGGGACCUGCAGCACCUUGUGCCUCCUCAGCCUGGCUGGAGGCAGGGAGUGGGUGGGCAGAGGAAGGGAAAAUACCCCACAAAUUGUUGUAAAACCCCAAGUGUGUGUGUGGGAUGGGUGCUGGGGAGGGGAAACCCCUUUGUUAUCCCACUCAGCAUCACCCCCUCGGGUGUGGGAGCUGUGGGGGUCACAAGGUGCACCCCAUCCUGGACCAAGGAUGAGUGGGGUGUGUGGGAUUGCAAAGGGGAAGCCUGGCCAAGCAGGAAGGGGGGAGAUUGCUCCAGCAUGGUUGGAUUUGGGGUUGUCAGGGGGGGACACAACCCCACUGCCCCCCCUGGGGAGGUGCCUGUGGGAUGUGAGGGUGGGGGGAAGUGCAGAAAGUGGGGGAAUGAAAAGGGAGGAGGUGGGAGGUGGCCUGGGGCAGGGCAGGGUCUGGCUGCCCCCCCUGCAGGAGGGGAGGUUGGGGUUGGGGGGCUCUGGGCUGUUUGCUGAUGGCUUUAGGGUCAUUACACCCCAAAUACUCACAGGUGGCCUUGGCAUCCUUCAUGCCCUGCCAACAGUGCCUGAAAAGAGAAAAAUCCCCCCCCCAGCAGGGUGGGAGCCCCCUUCCCCCCCGUGUGUGCUGAGCACCCAUAGACAGGGGGGAGCUGGGGGGCUGCAGACACCAGAGGAGCUGUGGUUGUGUUUUGGGGCAGGCAUAGGAAAUCCCCAGUGGUUUGGGAUGAUCCUGGUUGGAAGGGGUCGUGCUGGGUCCUCAGGGGUGGUACCCAGCCCAUGGGGGGCUGGCUGGGGCAUGGACACCCCCUCUGCACCCACUCCUGGCACUGGGAGGGGGGGGGGCAGAGGGAUUGUCUGCUGCUCAGCACAAGAUGUGAGUAAAGAGUUGUGGAUUAUUAUUAUUAUUAUUAUUAUAAAUUUUUUUUAAUCUUUUUGGGGUUAUUUUUGUUUGGUUUUUGGUUUUUUUUUGUUUUUUUUUUUUUUUUUAAAUGCACUGUGCCCUGAUUAAAAAAUUUUACUACUGUUUUAUAAAUAAAUGUAUAAAAGAAUGAACUGGAAUGGAAGAAGAAUCAUUAAAAUAUAUUUAUUUACAACA